AGUUUAAAAUAAAAUAUGGCUAAAAACCUUAGAAUCUUCUACCAUGUUUUAAGAGGAUUUCUAGCUUUGGACUUACGCGAACAAAAAGGGACUAAAUGUAUCAAAAUUAACGGAUAUACGUUAUAUAUUUUGAAUUAUUUUGCGAUUGGCAACCCAUUCGCGUGGCGUGGGUUAGCGGAGUGCGUGCGACGCAUGCGUGCCGCGUGCUCCGGGUCGAUAGCCGGUCGCGGCGGCCAGUCCGCGCCGCGCCGGGCCCCAGCGAGCCCGCGCCGCCCCGCCAUGAGGGCGCGCGCGUUGCUCUCUAUGCUAACCGCAGUUUUUGCUGUCUCCACAAUAAGCCAUGCCGAGAAGAGCAAGUUCUAUUAUAUGGAUUCGCUAUGCAAGGACCACUUCCUGCAGCGGCAGUACAGGAAGCUGGACGGGGGCGUGUUGUGGUCCCGCAACGAGCGCAACUUGGAUUGCACGGUGACGUUUCAAACACACAGCAUCCUGCAGCGGUUCAUGCUGCACUUCGACCUCCUGCAGCUGGACUGCAAUGAUCACUUGUACGUGUACGAUGGCGCUCACGCCACCGCGCCGCCGAAGGCGGACCUGUCGUGCCGGAACACCAAGCAGCAGGUGGGCGCGCUGUUCACGCGCAGCAACUUCGUGACCCUCAAGUAUGUCACCGACAACUGGGGCACUGACGCCAACGGGUUCAAGCUCGUCAUCACCGCCGUCAAGGAUCCCAUGUCGUUUAUUGCAGAACACGGAUGUAAGGAGUUCAGGUGUAAGCAGCGCGAAUUCUGCGUGAGCGCAGACUUGACGUGCGAUGGCGUCGACCACUGCGCCGAUGGAUCUGAUGAGGACACCGCCUCGCUCUGUCCCGACAGCGGCGGGGCGGGCGCCAACGGCGCGUGGUUGGUGAUAGGCGCCGGUUGCGCGGCGCUGGCAGCGCUGGCGGCCGCCGUCGUGCUCUGCUGUAUGUGUCGCCGACGCGCUGUCUCGCAGCGCACACAUUUACACUUGCAACAAAUGGCGAGCAGCAACGGCGCCGGAGCCGGCGGCGGCGGCGGCGGCGGCGGCGGCGGCAAGCCGGCCACCUCGCCUAGCGGCAGCACGCGGCUGCCGGGAAACUGGGCGCUCCCUGCGGGCCCGCGCGGGUACAGUGCGGCGCGUCCGGGCCGCCUCCGGGCGCGGGCGCAGCGCUGAGCGCCGCCCCGCACAAGGACGAGUGGUUCGUCUGAGGCGGCCCGGCCGGGCCCGCAGGGCGGGGGCGCCGUACCGGCCCCCGGCGGCUGCCGCGCCGACGGCGGCGGCCGGCGCGCGCCAGCUGGCGCAACUAUCCGAACGUAUCUAUGUAUGUACUACCUGAUUUAGCGAGGAUUUUUUUAGGUGAAUUUUUACUCGUUUAGUGGAUGGCGCGCCGCGCCGCACGCGUGUUGUCGUGGGUGUCCAGUUUUUGGUGUUACGAUAAACGCAAUGUAAAUUUAUCGAUAUGACAUUAAACAUUUUUGGCUUAUUGUUCGUA